AUAUAAUGAAGCUUUAGAUUUUUUUGAAGUAUCAGUUAUAGAUCCGAAAUCUUGUUUUUAUCUUGGAAUUUUAUACAAAAACGGAUUUGGAGUUGAAAAGGAUUUAUGGGAAGCUAAAAAUAUGUUUGAAUCAUCUUUUGAAGAUUUUAAGGAUGAAUCUGAUUAUGAAAAAUAUAAAAAAUUCCUACCAAUAUCUGGAUUAAAAUCUAUUAUUAUUAACAUAGAAUU